UAUAGAUGAUGUAAUGAAAAUGUUACUUCUUUUCGGGGUUAUCACUGUCUGCUGGGUGGCCUCAAGAGCAGAGGAUGUUGCUUAUAUUCAGAUAUUUGACUUUAUAGAACAGAACAAGACUGGACCAAAUGAUCCUGCUAUUGUCCUGACAGAAGUUGUUCCAGAUCUCUUCACAACGCCAGAAAAGUAUACUUACGAUUUGUAUCCCUUGGACUACAUGGGAAAUUUAAAGACGCCUGUCAAUGCAUCAGCGUAUGAAUUGUCAUUCCAAAGGCUGAAAGAAGGAAGUGUGACUUAUCAGCACCCUUUAGAAGAACCCCUUGUCUUAAAACCAAACGAAAAUGCAGCCAUAUUUGUGGAUGAAGUGGGGGCAGACAAUUUAUUAAAGGGUUCAGUGUGUCAUACAGGGCCUACACCAGUACCAGGGCUGGACAAAGCUAUUGCAAUGAUAUGUCCUACAGCAGCUGGGGGGAAGGAGUUUAACUUGAGCCUCUUUGAGGUGGUGGGUUCAAACAGAGGUUGUCUCGGGUGUAAAACUGGUAUUGACUUGGGAGCAACAGUUGUGCAGGACUCAGUUCACUUCCUGAUAGACGACACUAAUUACUACUGGAACAUUUCCAUCUUCUACAAUAAACGAGAGAUGUGUAACGGUACAGACUGGAGAUUUGGGGACAGUGGUAUUUACACUAUCGUUCUAAAAGAAACGGAGGCUGCAGCUAAAGAGGGGGAAACAGAGAUAGACUAUUCUUGUUACAUGUUCACAACCACUAAACCGAGCAACUACUGGAUGCCAAUAUGGCUGACACUGGUGGUGUUAGUGGUGAUCAUCCUCUUUAUAGUGAUCCUGGUUAUUAUAGACAGGAGAUAUCCCAGACUGAAGGAGGAGACUAUGAAGAGGCUGGGAUACUGGAACCCGGAGGAUGAGAUACCACUACAAAAGACCGAACCAGACGAGAAGGAGAAAGAGAGAAAAGCAGCCAGAUUACAGUCUCUAGACACGUUUAGAGGUCUCGCUGUCACCAUCAUGAUCUUCGUCAACUUCGGGGGAGGUAACUACUUCUUCUUGGAUCACGCCGCGUGGAAUGGGUUGAGUUUAGCUGACUUUGUCUUCCCCUGGUUCAUGUUCAUGGUGGGGUGCAGCAUCGUGCUCUCUGUGCAGUCACAGUUGAAGAAGAACGUAGCGAAGACGAAGAUUCUGAAGAAAGUAGGAGUGAGGUUCCUGAAACUGUUCCUGAUAGGGGUGUUCCUGAACACAGGAGUACCAGGAGGAGUUGACCUGACCCAGCUAAGGAUACCCGGAGUUUUACAACGUAUUGGUUUCACUUACUUAGUCUGCUCCGUACUGGAGAUACUCUUUAUUCCUAGACUCACUGCUGCAGAGAACUUCGGUGGAGAGAGAAUGAAGGUUGAAGAUAACGAGUAUAACGAGUGUGGCAAAUUCCUCAACGAGGAGCCGGACAUUCCUGACAAGAAGAACAGUUGGAAGUACGCACAGAACUCUGAAGGGGAGACUGUUAUUCGCGGGGGCUGGCUGAGCAACCUGCUGAUCCACACGUGGCCCCAGUAUAUUGUUAUCUCUCUCUUCACAGCCCUCUGGUGUGUUAUCACCUUCAUUCUACCCAUACCAGGCUGUCCCACAGGAUAUGUAGGACCAGGAGGGAUUGCUGACGGAGGGUUACUAGAGAACUGUACCGGGGGAGCUGCUGGUUACAUUGACAGACUGGUUUGGGGGAGUCACAUGUACCAGCAUCCUACCUGCAAGCCGAUGUACCACACGACACUAGCCCACGACCCAGAAGGUAUCCUGGGCUCUCUGACAGCUGUUCUCACGGUCUAUAGUGGUGUUGUAGCGGGACACAUUGUUGUUAUGCUCAAAUCAUCACGUGGUUCCACAGUCGGGGCUCUCUCUGUGCUGAGUGUUGUAUCGCUGGCUAUCGGACUGAUCCUGAGUAAGGGAACUCUAACCGGAGGAUGGGUCCCAAUCAACAAGAACUUGUGGAGCGUGUCGUUUGUAGCGAUUACCUCAGCCUCAGCCUACUUCGUGCUGGCUAUCAUGUAUCUCAUGAUAGACUUCUUCCACAUUUGGUGCGGGGCUCCUUUCAACUCAGCCGGAAAGAACCCGCUGUUCCUGUACGUUGGUUCCUACAUAGUGUACUCCUACUUCCCCUUCAACUGGGCCACAUCCCAAUCACACGGGGCCCUCAUGUUGCAGUCUGUGGUCGGGACUGCCUGCUGGCUCUUAGUCGGCUUCUACCUCGACUGCAAGAAGAAGUACUACAAAAUAUGAAACGUUCUGUUGAGACAUGUGAUUAAAGUGUGGUGAAGGAGCGGGGGAGGUUUUGCCGGGCAUAUUGUUGGGCAUUUUAUCCUGCCUCGUUAUUCCUAUAGAGGAGACGCUAAUUUCAGAUAAAUUCCACAUUUGACGUUGGUUUAAUUGGUUCAGACUUCAAAAUUU